AUGAUCUGCGCCAAGACCAUCCUCCUUGCCUUUAUGGCCAUCUCGAUCAGCCUCAUGACUGUGGCGCAGGCGGCGCAGCCCACCAUCUCGCAAAACGCAGCUGUCCGGCGACACGCGUGGAUGAUGAAGAACCAACAGAUGCGUCGCUCGAUCGCUGUUGCGCAAGGCAAAAUGAUCCCUCAGAGGAGACAGACUGCCGAGCAGAUUGCUCAGGCUGCUGCUCUUAAGCAGUGGGACGAUGACUUUCACGCUAAGAACGCUGGAUGGCAGCAGGCUGCUAUCGCUGCUCUUGAAAAGGGUCAGACACCACCCACCUUUGAUGAAUAUUGGCAGGGCAAGUCGGGUUCAAGCUCUUCAUCCAGUGCCGACUCUUCUUUGUCUUUAUCUUCCGACUCCCCGGCACCUGCUCAGAAAGAGCAGAAGCAGCAACCCCAGCAACAGCAACAGCAGAAGCAGCAACCCCAGCAACAGCAACAGCAGAAGCAGUCUACCAACAACAACGACAGCAACAACGACAGCAACAACGACAGCAACAACGAUGAUGCUUCGUCUCAGGACAGCUCGGAAGACUGCUCUGAUCAGGAGGAGGAGGUUCCCGCUUCCACCACGACUGGUGAAGCUUCCUCUUCCGCUAAGGGCGUUGCCGCUGCCGCGGCUACUGGUAGCAAGAACCAAGCCACCAAUGGUAACGGCGGCAACAACAACAACUCCAACUCCGCAUCGUCGUCAUCGUCGUCGCAGGCUACUUCGGGUCACUACAGUGGACAGGCCACUUACUAUGCUCCUGGCUUGGGCGCUUGUGGUUGGACCAACGGCGAGGCGGACUACAUUGUUGCCAUCUCUGCAUCGCUCUUCGACUCGUUUGGUAGCGGCAACCCUAAUAAGAACGCGGCCUGUGGUCACAAGAUUGCUGCUACCUACGGAGGCAAGACGAUUACUGUCUCUGUUGCUGACCGAUGUGUAGGCUGUGCACGGGGCGACCUCGACUUUACCUCGACUGGCUUCUCGCAGCUUGCUGACAUGUCGCAGGGCCGUCUUGAUGGCUUGUCCUGGUCAUGGAUCGGUGAAGCUCCUCAAAAGCGCUCUAACGAACCUCGUUGA